AUGGCAGAGUUUAAGCUGUAUGACUAUCAGGAAGAAGUGGUCCAACGGGCUCUUCGCAGAGAAAACAUCAUUAUUUGGCUGCCUACUGGUAGUGGAAAGACCCGUGCCGCUGUGUACGUGGCUAAAAAGCACCUGGAGACCAAUCCACAGGCUAAGGUGGUGGUCCUGGUAAACAAGGUACACCUGGUGGACCAACACUACACCAAGGAGUUCAAGCCUCAUCUGGGUCAAGACUAUACCCUGGUGCCAGUCAGUGGAGAGAGUGAGAAAAAGGACUUUUUCGGAAGAGUGCUGAAGGAGUCGGACGUGGUGAUCUGCACAGCAGAGAUUUUGUAUAAUGCCCUGAUCAGCUCGGAGGACAGCAAACAUGCUGAGCUCUCAGACAUUACGCUGCUUAUAAUGGACGAGUGUCACCACACCCGCAAGAAGAGCGUCUACAAUGAGAUAAUGGGGCGCUACUUGGUGAAAAAGCUGGGAGGAGAGCGGCCGCUGCCACAGAUUCUGGGUCUAACUGCAUCACCUGGGACGGGAGGUGCAAAGACCUUGGAAGGAGCCACUAAUAAUGUGCUGCAGAUUUGCGCCAAUCUGGACUCGGCGAUAGUGUCUGUGAAAAACUUCAUCCAUGAGCUGAAGGCGAAGGUGCCGAGGCCGACCAAAAGCUUUGACAUUGUGGAAAGUAGACCGAAGGAUCCAUUUGGGGAUCAUCUGAAGAUGAUGAUGCAACUGAUCCACGCAUACAUGGACCUGCCAGAAGGCGUCACACUGAGGGAGUGCGGCACGCAGCAGUAUGAAGCAGAUGUGAUUUUACUGGAGAAGCAGGGGACCAGGGAGAAGAACAGGUUGGUGGCGCAGUGCGCUCGCCACCUCAAAGAGUAUAACAACGCCCUCUUCCUCAACGACACGCUGCGAAUGAUUGAUGCGUACGACUACUUGGUGGAUUUUUAUCAUGGCGCCACUUGCAUUGAUGGAACAGAUUUGAUCCUGGUGGGACUUUUUAAAGAGAACCUAGUGGAGCUGAAGACGCUGGCAAAGGAUCCCCGCUUUGAGAAUCCAAAGAUGGCUGAACUGCAGAGCAUUCUCCUGGACCGUUUUUCCCCAGGUGUACAGUGUCGAGGGAUCAUCUUCACUAAAACCCGUAAAAACACCCAGUACCUGACUGACUGGGUUUGUGAAAAUAAAGCAUUAAAGGAUGCUGGCAUCCGUGUGGCGAGCCUUACCGGAGCCGGCAAUGGCAGCACGUAUAUGACCCAGUCUGAGCAGGGAGAGAUCAUCCGCAAAUUCCGGCAAGGCCGUCUUAACCUGCUGAUCUCCACAAGUGUGGCUGAAGAAGGCCUCGAUAUUCCUGAAUGCAACUUGGUGGUUCGCUAUGGAUUGCUUACAAAUGAGAUUGCCCAGCAGCAGGCCAAGGGACGUGCUCGAGCCAAAGACAGUGUGUACUCGGUGGUCGCUGAGAGAGGUGGACGGGAGGAGCACCGGGAGCAUGUCAAUGAAUACUUAGAAGACCUCACUGGUUCAGCCAUUGCUAAGGUCCAAGAGAUGGAUCACCAGGAGUUUCUUGACAAGAUAACCAAGCUUCAGAACCAGGCGGUUUUGAGCCGUAAGCUUGCAGAAGGCGCCAGACAACAGCAAUCAAGUCGCUACCGCGCUUCUGCAGUUCAGCUCCUGUGUCGGAACUGUUACAAGCCUGUCGCCUUUGGCAGUGACAUUAAACUUAUUGAGAAUGUACACCAUGUCAACGUCAACCCAAACUUCAAGGUGUACUAUAAGACCGGUGUGCGGGUGCACAUAGAUAAGAGUUUUGAGGACUGGGAGCCGGGAUGUACGAUCAACUGCAACAAUGGCAGUUGCAACAGGCAAUGGGGAUUUGAGAUGAAGUACAAGAAGGUCGCCCUGCUUCCCAUUUUGUCCAUCAAGAAUUUCGUUGUGGCGACCCCUGACGGCAGGGAGCUUUUUAAAAAGUGGAAGGAAGUUCCUUUCACGAUAACAGACUUCAGCUUUGAGGAAUACUGCCAGAACAACUUCCCCGACCCCUUCAGUUGAAACCAGC